CAUGCUCUGCUGCAAAGAAAGGGUGUUCAGUGGCCGUGUGUUGGUGUGUGAUUUAAAGGAAACCUCGCUCAGUGAGAGAACCCACAACCUCACACCUCUAUCGUUUCAACUCUCUUUCUGCCUCAACUAUAAAUACUUGUCUGUCUUAGCCUCAGCAUCAGUCAGACAGACACAGAAGAACAAGACUUGGGUAGUGUCAGAUACAAGGCGGUCUCGUUAAGUCAACUCAAGUCAAGGCCUUUGACUGAAGUUUCCGUACACCGAUUGAGGACUAUUGAGCUUUGAGGGAUCUUCAGCGUGAGGUUGAGGACCAUGGAUGUGUUAUCAAGGGCUGUGAUGUGUUUCUGCUUGAUGGGCUGGAUGACUUUAGGAUGGAGUAAUGCUGCUCAGUACACAUCAAAUACCAUGAAGAGCAACAUAGACAAACUGAAAGGCCACUAUACGAUCUCCAAGGACCAGCUGUUCAACGGGAACCCUGUUUUCCCCAAGGACACGUUUGAGGACAGUGAGCGGAGGGUGCUGAUGAGUGUGGUUCUGGACGUGUAUCUGAGUAUCUUCAGCCAGAUGCUGAACCAGACGGGGGACCAGGAAGUGAGGGACAGUCUGAAUUAUGUCAAGGGGAAAAUUCAGCAUCUCCAGAAACACUAUUUCCUGGGGAGGAUACCUGAGCUGAGGACACACCUGCAGAAUCUGUGGGCCGUCAAGACCAGUGACCCCACAGUCCAGGGGAAGGCUCUGUCCCAGUUCAUUACCAUCUACGAGAAAGCCUCCAAACUGGCCCUGAAGUUCCAUCUGAAGAAGGACAAUCGCAGGAAGAGACGGCAAGCCCAGAGGCUCAAAUCAAGCAUCAUGUAGAUGACCAACCGUGUCUAGUGUGAAGGCUAGGUGUAGGGGGAAGUUACCCCUAGAUACUGAUCCUGGGUCAGUUUAUAAUUUCCCCCUCUAACGGUGAAGGUUAGGUGUAGGGGGAAGUUACCCCUAGAUACUGAUCCUGGGUCAGUUUAUCAUUUCCCCCUCUAACGGUGAAGGUUAGGUGUAGGGGGAAGUUACCCCUAGAUACUGAUCCUGGGUCAGUUUAUAA